AUGGAAACUCGACACGCUCCCUUAUUGAGAAAACCAUCGCACUCGAGGCAUAAGACGCUAAUAUCUACGGCAUCUGUGAUAUGCUUGGUAGUUGUUGUAAUUGCACUUGCUGGCCUCCUCAUUGCCAGCUAUUUUCUGAAGGAGAAACCGGAAACCCUCGAAACUUUGAUCAACGGAACCGACACUCAGGACACUUCCGGGCGGCUUGGCACGUUGACUUCAGAUACAAAAUUC